GGAAUGGGACAGGACGAGCUCACUCCAACUUCAGUGUGAAGUUGAGACUGUAGCAUCAUUGACGCGGAAAUGCGGCAAUCAUCUGUCAUUGAAAACAGCGAACAUUUAACCAGAGCUCAGACGGUGACUGUUUGAAAAGUCAAGAUGACAGUACCGAAAGACAUCCCGGAGAAAUGGUUCUCACUCUUUCUCCCCCUGCAAAGCAAGAAAAAGAAAGGACUGGUUGCCAAAGCGAAAAAGAGCCGGACAGAGGAGGAGCGAAGGGUCAGAGCCAACGACAGAGAGUACAACGACAAAUUUCAAUAUGCAAGUAACUGCAUCAUGACAUCUAAGUACAACAUCAUCACCUUUCUGCCCGUCAACUUGUUCGAGCAGUUCCAGGAAGUAGCCAACACCUACUUUCUUUUCCUGCUCAUACUGCAGUUAAUACCUCAGAUCUCCUCCCUCUCCUGGUUCACUACCAUUGUGCCUUUAGCUCUGGUGCUGAGCAUCACCGCAGUAAAGGAUGCCACAGACGACUAUUUUCGCCAUAACAGCGACAACCAAGUGAACAACCGCCAGUCUCAGGUCCUCAUCCGUGGCUCGCUUCAGAACGAAAAGUGGAUGAACGUUCGAGUGGGCGAUAUCAUAAAACUGGAAAACAACCAGUUUGUUGCAGCUGACCUGCUCCUCUUGUCCAGCUCUGAACCUCACGGGCUCUGUUACAUCGAGACAGCCGAGCUUGACGGAGAGACUAAUAUGAUGCGGCAGUCUGUCUCAGUGACAUCUGAACUCGGAGACCAGAACAACCUGGCUUCCUUUAAUGGUGAGGUAGUGUGUGAACCCCCCAACAACAAGCUGGAUCGUUUCUGUGGGACUUUGUACUGGAGGGACAAGAAAUACACUCUGACCAACCAGAACAUGCUGCUCCGAGGAUGUGUCCUCCGCAACACAGAGGCCUGCUACGGCCUGGUCAUCUUUGCAGGCCCUGAUACCAAGCUCAUGCAGAACAGCGGCCGCACCAAGUUUAAGCGCACCAGUAUCGAUCGUCUGAUGAACACUCUGGUCCUCUGGAUCUUUGGAUUCCUGGUGUGUAUGGGUGUGAUCCUGGCUGUUGGGAACGCAGUGUGGGAGAGAGAGGUGGGCUCUCUCUUUCAGAGCUAUCUGCCCUGGGACCCCCCUGUGGACAACUUCCUGUUCUCUGCCUUCCUCUCCUUCUGGUCCUACGUCAUCAUUCUGAACACUGUGGUGCCCAUCUCUCUGUAUGUCAGUGUGGAGGUGAUCAGGCUGGGUCACAGCUACUUCAUCAACUGGGACCAGCAGAUGUUCUGCUCACAGUGCAACACAGCAGCUGAGGCCAGGACCACCACUCUGAACGAGGAGCUUGGUCAGGUUGAAUACAUCUUCAGUGAUAAGACCGGUACUCUAACUCAGAACAUCAUGAGCUUCAAUAAGUGCUCCAUCAACAGACAGACUUACGGUGAAGUGACAGACCCAUUGAGACCUCAACCAAAGAGAUUGGACUUUACUCCCUUCAACCCCCUGGCGGACCCUGAUUUCUGUUUCUAUGACGACACCCUGCUGGAAUCAGUGAAAGUGGGAGACUCGCACACUCACGAGUUUUUCCGCCUGCUCUCUCUCUGUCACACCGUCAUGAGCGAGGAGAAGAGCGAGGGAGAGCUGAUUUAUAAGGCUCAGUCUCCAGAUGAGGGCGCUCUAGUGACAGCAGCUCGAAACUUUGGCUUCGUGUUCCGCUCCAGAACGCCUGGGACAAUAACCACCACAGAAAUGGGACGACCUGUCACCUACACGCUGCUCGCCAUUCUGGACUUCAACAACAUUCGCAAGAGGAUGUCUGUUAUAGUGCGUAACCCAGAGGGCAGGAUCCGUCUGUACUGUAAAGGAGCUGACACGGUGCUGCUGGAGAGACUCAACCCCUGUAACCAGGAGCUGAUGAACAUCACCUCAGACCACCUCAAUGAAUAUGCAUCGGAUGGAUUGCGGACCCUGGCUCUGGCAUACAGAGAUCUGUCAGAGGACGACUGGGAGAUGUGGUCAGAGAGCCACCGCUGUGCUGACAAGGCCACCAACUGCAGAGAGGACAGACUGGCUGCCACUUAUGAAGCGAUAGAACAAGACAUGAUGCUCCUGGGUGCAACAGCUAUAGAGGACAAGCUGCAGGAGGGCGUCCCAGAGACCAUCGCUGUUCUCUCUCUGGCUAAUAUUAAAAUCUGGGUACUCACUGGAGACAAGCAAGAGACGGCUGUCAACAUUGGUUACUCCUGCAAGAUGCUGACAGAUGAUAUGACAGAGGUUUUUAUCAUCAGCGGACACACAGUCCAGAGCGUACGGCAGGAGCUCAGGAGAGCCAGGGAACGGAUGAUCCAGCUGUCGAGAACCAGAGAUGGAGGGAAAGAGGAGGGGGUGGAGGGAUGGGGAGAGGCUUGUUGCACAGGUAACGGGUUCAGAGAAGGACAAGAAGGAGACGGUAUGGGAAGAGAAGAAGGAGUUAAGCAGCUGCAGUGCCCUACUCCUCCUCCUCCUGCUCCUCCACCUCCCUCAGACCUCAUGGACAGCAUCUCUGGAGAGUUUGCCAUCGUGAUCAACGGCCACAGCCUGGCCCAUGCUCUAGAAGCAGACAUGGAGACAGAGUUUGUGUUGACGGCGUGUGCGUGCAAAGCGGUAAUCUGCUGCAGGGUCACCCCGCUGCAAAAAGCUCAGGUGGUGGAGCUCAUCAAGAAGCACAAGAAGGCCGUCACCCUGGCCAUCGGAGAUGGAGCUAACGAUGUUAGCAUGAUAAAAAGUGCUCAUAUAGGAGUUGGUAUCUCAGGUCAGGAGGGGAUCCAGGCUGUGCUGGCCAGUGACUACUCCUUCUCCCAGUUUCGCUUCCUACAGCGCCUCCUGCUGGUACAUGGACGCUGGUCCUACCUGCGUAUGUGCCGUUUCCUCUGCUACUUCUUCUACAAGAACUUUGCCUUCACCAUGGUGCACUUCUGGUUUGGCUUCUUCUGUGGCUUUUCUGCACAGACAGUGUAUGAUCAAUACUUCAUCACCCUCUACAACAUUGUCUACACCUCCCUCCCUGUGCUGGCCAUGGGGAUAUUUGACCAGGAUGUUCCUGACCAGAGGAGUCUGGAGUAUCCAAAGCUGUAUGAGCCUGGUCAGCUUAACCUCCUUUUCAACAAGAGAGAGUUCUUCAUAUGCAUCGCCCAGGGCAUCUACACAUCAGUGGUACUGUUUUUUGUUCCCUGUGCUGUUCUGUCUGAUGCCACUCAGAGUACUGGAGUUCCCCUUGCUGACUACCAGACGUUUGCAGUUACUACGGCAACAGCUCUGGUCAUUGUGGUCAGUGUACAAAUCGCUCUUGACACAGGCUUCUGGACGGUUAUUAACCACGUGUUUGUGUGGGGCUCUCUGGGCUGCUACUUCGCCAUCAUGAUCGCUCUGCACAGUCAGACCCUCUUCAGGAUCUUUCCCAACCAGUUCCACUUUGUAGGUAGUGCCCAGAGCACGUUAUUGCAACCGGUCGUGUGGUUAACUAUUGCACUGGCAACAGCAAUAUGCAUAGUUCCAGUAUUGGCAUUCCGCUUUCUCAAGGUGGACCUCAAACCUCAGCUUUCAGACACGGUACGCUACACUCAGCUGGUGCAUCAGAAGAAGAGAAAGCCUGUGGGUCGUGGCGUGGGAGGAACUUGGCGUGGGGUGGGCAGUGUGUCAGAGGGCCGUCUGGGCGCUCGUGGUGGUUCAAGGAGGUCAGGUUACGCGUUUGCCCACCAGGAAGGAUUUGGAGAGCUGAUCACCUCGGGGAAGAACAUGAGGCUCUCGUCUCUGGCCCUAGCUAACUUUGCAUCCAGACACAGCUCUAACUGGAUCGACACGCUCCGCAGGAAGAAACAUAAUCACACUCACACUCCGCCGAACGCCUCCGGUGAGUGCAGCCCGGCUCCUAGUUGUAUCUCGGGGUCAGUUCCGCCGCUCUCAAACUCUUCCUCUGGCUCUCAAGACACACCCAUGGAGGAGGAAAAGGGCCCUGCACCAGGCCAAAAUACACAAACUGUUCUCCGUCCAUCCACACAAACCACAGCAGCUUUAGCGUCUGACACAGAAGCAGCUGCACCUCAGGGCUCCUGUGCUGGCGUCCUCCCCCCAACAGCAGUGAGGUCCCAUGGUGGAGACUCACUUGGAGGCUGGACAAUUACUCUGGGGACUGUGCAGGAAGCUCUGUUUAGUUGGAAGGCUCGUGCCACUGCAUCCAACAGCCCCGGUCCUGCCUCUGAUUCCAAGGAAAACAGCCAGAUUGAGUGAAAUAUUCAACACAAAUACAGGAUGCGCCAUGUGCUCACCUGAAGCAAGACGAAGAGCUCGCAGACUGUUCAUUAAAAACCUACGUCACUGUGCUCUUUUCUCUCUUCCAAAUUGAAACUUCUAUAAUCAAUCAUUUAAAAUCCAAUUCAUCAAAAAGAAGCGGUACAUGGAUCUUAGACUUGGAUUUAAUGGUGAUGUACAGUAUAUGUUUGAAAAACAUAUGAUAAGGGUUGUCAUUACUAUGAUUUGCAAUGCAUAACUGAGGAAAAGCAGCAAGUUAUACAAAUGUCAAGGUUACUUCUUAUUUAUGAUCUAAAAGAUUGUUUCAACCUGUCAUUUCAAGUUGUGCCUCCUCUGUCAAAAUGAAUGGAUGAACAAGCAGAAUCAUGAGACUUUUAACCAGUGAAGUGCAGGCAGCAUUAUCUGUAAAAGUUUUUGUUUCUAUCCUAGAGCCUCUGUGUUAUAGUUCUCAGUGAGAACGUUACUUCAAGUUACAAAACACUGCAAGACUGUCGCAAGACUUUGUCCUUUUUCUCUUACUGAUUUGUUUUCUGACUUGUUAUACCUCAACUUCAGCUGUUUUCUUUUCUAUUUUGCAUCAUAUUGAUGUGAUUUAUAUUGGCCUAAUUGAGUUGCACCUUAUUGUAAGCUCUUAGUGCUUUCCUUUUUUUUGGUCUGACCAAGGGCCAUGAGAUGUAACUUCUCAUGCCAUCACAGAAUUAAAAACUGUAUGAAAAGACAAAACUGCCACUGGCUUAGACCUGGGCAACACGUAAUGAAACUCUGUGAUAAUAAAAAAAAAAUGAGGAGAAAUUGA